CUUCCCUAACCAGCUUUUGAAUAGCACAUUACCUCACAACUCACCCAGUGGCAUUUUUCCUAGCGACGCCACUCGCGUUCCGUAGCAGUCAUUCAGACGCCGGCACCAAAUUCCUGACUCGCGUACCUACAGCUCAGGCUCGAUCGCCACCAUGGCCGCUACCAACGGCACCGCACCUAAGAUCACACUCUACACUAAUCAUCGCUGUCCAUGGGCACAUCGAGCCCACAUUGUAAUUAAAGAGCUCGGUCUACCGUACGAUGAGGUCAUAAUUGACCUCGACAAGCCUCGAGAGAAAUGGUAUCUUGAAGUGAACCCCCGAGGUCUUGUCCCUUCCAUCAAGUUUUCUGGAGGCGCUCUUCACGAUGAGAUCAUAACCGAGUCUGGUAUUGUAGCACAGUUCCUUGCGGAUGCAUACCCGAGUCAUUUGGUCCCGGCCACGGGUACUGUGGAAGCCGCGUUGACGAGGGCAAGGAUUAAUUUCUUCGUGGACACUUGGUUCUCAAAGGCGGGAAGCUUUUGGUUUCAGAUCCUGAUGAAAGAUGCCGAGGAGGAGAAGGAAGCCUUGGCAAAGGAAUUCCUCGACAUUGUGACAAAGGAGAUUGAGCCACUGUUGAAAGAUGCCGGUCCUUUCUUUGGAGGUAGCCAGAAGCUCACACUUGCUGAGGCCCUCACGGCUCCCUUCAUCCUUCGUAUCUACUCAAUGGGGAACAAUGGCCUCAUUCCCCAGUCCCUCCUUGCAGGGUUCAAUGGACUUCCCAACUUCUCGAAGUGGGCGGCAGAGGUCAUCAAGCAGGACAGCGUUACCUACAUCUGGGACGAACAGGCGACCUUGGAAGGAACGAAGCGUAAACUUGCUAGUCUUAAGGCCAAAUAGGAAAUUCUAGCAUGGUACGGUGAAGCCCAAACCUGCUCAUAUCUUAGUAUGUAUCAUCAUUGAUUGCCGCAAUCUACAAUUACACGAGCGUAU